AUGUUGAAAGACUGCUUCUUGGGAGAGGCUUUCUGGUCUCCAUUCUACGCUGCUGGAACAAACCUCGUCAUUGAUUCCCACAUCUAUUUUUUUGCCGCUGCCGGUAUCUAUUCGCAACAUGUUGCCCCAGCCAUCUGUGGACAAGCGCAAUACACUGCAGGCGAUGGCAAAUUCCCUGUUUUCAUCGGCGAAUGGACUUUCCAAACUCUUUACAAUAAUACUCUUGCUGGACGUAGGGUUAUCCACGAUACUCAAGUUUAUGCUUACCAGAAGUGUGUUUCCGGUAGCGCAUUUUGGAACGUCAAGAUGGUUAACAACGCUGCUGCUGUUGAUGGAGAGGGCAUCACUUCAGACUACUGGUCAUGGGAGCUCUUAGUUGAUCAAGGUAUUAUUACCCCCACAAUCAAUGGGUCUUACUUUUAA